ACAUUUGCGUUAAUGAAAUUGUCUUGAUUUCCUUAAAAUUUGAGCUCGAUAAGAAGUAGGUUCAUUCAUUCAUUUCCGUGUGGCUGGCAUAAUGUCAUUUGUAUUCCAUUCCUUUCCAUAUGAAAAAGAUUUCAAAGGUCUAAGAAGUUGGCGUGGUUACAGGAAGUAUUGCAAGCACAAAGUAGCAGUGUCGUUGGGAGUGUGUAUGUGUAGUUCUGUACAGCAAAACUUAUCCAAUGCACUGAGUGGCAAGCCUGAAACUGUAAAUUCAAGGAGCAAUGUAACGAGUCCGAAGAGUGAUAAAGCAGUGUGGUACUUUGCAUAUGGUUCUAAUCUAUCUCCAAAGGUUUUUGGACCUCGUUCUUCCAAUAUUUGGAGAAGAUUUCAAUAUCUGGAAGCGACAAAAGCACGUUUACCUGGUUUCCGACUUGUUUUCAAUGUCCGUGGCAUACCUUUGUUGGAACCUUGUUUUGCAAAUAUUCGAGAAGACCCAGAUGGUAUUGUAACUGGCGUGUUGUACAAGUUGAGCUAUAGUGACUGGAAGAGAUUGACAAGAAGUGAGGGUGUAGAUAUAACUGGUGUUUAUAAGGAAAGGAGCGUUAGAGUCUUGAAAGAAGACAGUGGCGAAACACUCAUGGCUUUUACUCUAGUUGCAGAAGAUAGUCGUUUUACUUUUGCCGAAGAAGUUAUGCCGUCUUCGAGGUAUCUCCGUUUGGUUUUGGAUGGCAUGCAACAUUGGAAGUUGAAUAGUGUUCAUCGUUUUUUGGGUUUGAAACAAGAGAAGGAUAUAGCAUCUCACUCUGUCUCGAGUCGCCCUGCCUUUGCUGUAGUGAAUACACUUGCAGGUUUCCUACCUGCAGAUCUUGUUUCGUUUUCAUCCGUAGCGCACUGGGAGACAGGAGCAUUGCGUUUUCUCAAGGUGCCUUCUCAACCGUUGGAAGAGAGUUGUGUAGAAAACUCUCAAACUUUCAUCAGCGAAUAUUCUUCUUCCGCGAAAUCUCAAGUGAAACCCGUCUUGUUGUAUUUACCAGGUAUUGAUGGAACAGGUUUAGGUAUACUUCCACAACUGGAUGCACUUCGUAAGCAUUUUGAUGUGCAUUGUCUUGUAUGGCCAUCUUCAAAAUUGUACAAUUGGCAACAACUUGUAGACAAAACUCUCGUAUUGAUCGAAGAUAUCAUAAGUAAAGAGCGUUCGCAAGGUUGGUCAUUGGAAGAUUCAUCAAAAGUUUGGUUAGUUGCAGAAAGUAUGGGAUGUUGUCUUGCUUUAUUACUGGCGGAGAAAAGACCUGAAUUAUUUGAACACAUAACUUUAGUCAAUCCUGCCACAAGUUAUUCGAGGUCAUUUUUCUCGAGUAUAUUAUCAAAACUGGAUACGCUUCCACCAUUGGUUUAUCAAGUUGCACCAGUUGCCAUCUCCCCUCUUUUAUUAGACUUUGGACGGAGAUUGUCGCAACCUGACAAACUUUUACAUGCCGCUCGAAGUUUACCAAAGUUAUCGGAAAUUCUUCCUCCAGAAACACUUGGUCACCGUAUUCGUCUUAUUGAGAAGUUUUCGGCAAAUGUCAAAGAAUGGAGACGAUUGAAAACUAAAGUUUUGAUUAUUGCCUCUGUGAAUGAUCUUCUCAUUCCUUCCUAUGCCGAGUCGGAGAGACUUUUAGAUAUAUUUCCAAAGUCAGUGCGUUAUAUUAGUCACUAUGGAGGUCAUGGACUAUUAUUAGAACGUGAUAUUGGUUUAUCACAACUUAUUCUACGCUCGCAUGAGAUAUUAUCUUCUUCAGAGUCAAGCAACACUAAAUAUCAAAACAUUUAUCCCGGGGAGAAAACUCUUCCGGUUGCCAAUGUGAGUCACUUAGGUUCAACUGAAGAGUCCCAUGAUGAAGAUUUCAAGUUCCCAUCUCUAGAAGACAUCCAUAGAGCCAAACAACAACUUUUACUGUACAAUAAGAUUUUUUCACCUGUUUUUAUUGGUACUAAUCGUGUUCCUGAGCAGAGAGGACGUCCUAUUCUAUUUGUAGGAAAUCAUACUUUGUAUGGAAUUACUGAUGUCCCCUUUUUUAUCGAACAUUUUUUGAGCAAAAGAAAUAUUCUGAUUCGAGCAUUGGCACAUCCAAUAUUUUGGAAUUGGCAAUCCCGUGAUAGAAGUUCUCGUCUUUCUCGUUCCUUAUGGGAUGAUUCCUCUCGUUUUCUGGAAGUUAUGGAACGUUUUGGUUCUGUUCCUGCCACUCCUCGUAAUUUAUAUCGUCUUCUUGAGAAGAAGCAGUCUGUUUUGUUGUUUCCCGGUGGUGCAAGAGAAGCAUUUAAACGCAAAGACGAAGCUUAUUCCUUACAUUGGCCUCGUGAAGCAGAAUUUGUUCGAAUGGCUAUUCGACAUGAUGCUUGGAUUGUUCCUUUUUCUUGUGUAGGUCCUGAAGAUAACUUUCAAAUUAUUUUGGAUGGAGAAGAGUUGAUUCAACUUCCUCUAGUGGGGCGUUUGAUGGAGUCUUUGUUUUCUCUUUCCGAUAUGCCAAAGGGAGAUGUUGUUCGUGAGUGGAAAGGCCCAUUGAACAAACAAGACCUUGUGAAUUUUAUUCAACCCUUAUCCAUUCCACGUUCUCCACACCGAAUUUACUUUUACUUUUCUUCUCCUAUUGAUAGUAGAUUGUAUACAUCAGCAAUGAAGAAUAGAAGCCAAGUAGAAGAAAUGUACGGUAAUAUUCGUGACCAAGUGGAAAAUGGGAUUAGAUAUUUAUUGGAUAAAAGGAAAGAAGAUCCCUUUGAAGUUUGGUGGAAACGUAUAGUAUUUGAAUCUGUUACAGGUGUAGCAGCGCCAACUAAGUGGCAAUGGUCACUUCGAGAUGGAUAUUUGGAUAGAUUAUAAAAUUUGUCCCAACAUCGAUUUGUAAAGACAAAUUUCAUCCUUGAAAUAAGUUUUGAUUUCCUUAAGAUUCUGAAGGAAGAGGGGUGCAUAGAAUAGGAAAUGGAUAAUGAAUGGAGAGAGAUAUUCUUAUGUAUCAUCUUGAGGCAUAUCUUUCUUCUUGAAAGCUCACGAUUCGACGAAAUCUUAGAAUAUUCAUCGGGGAAGGUCCGGGUUUGCCCAGCAAACAACGUGUAAGUUGGUUUGCUCGAGAGAGCACCAUCACAACUCAAAAAGUGGUGGUCCUACUUACCAGAAAUGACACUCGCUCUGUAUAUCUUUAUCUGUUACACUUUCUCCUCCUACAUAUAUACACUCUGGUAUAGGCUGUUUGCACAAGACAUAAAGGGUAGGCUUUUAUGGAUGCAAACCCCCCAUAUAUAUACAAAGAGUGUGUUAUGGAGAGGAGUGUAACUGGAACAGGAUAUAGAGCAAAGGUGGAACAAAUGGGUGGGUUGGGCAACUGCUUGUUGUGGGUUUUACAACAAGCAAAGUACAAUUCGUGAGGUCGUUGAUAUUCUCCUAUUAUCUGAGUAAGAGUUCUCUCUUUCUCUCUCUUCUUCCUAUCAAUGAUACAAGACUUUCUCUCCUAUCCAUUUCCUAUAUAGAUAGGAUAUGCAACGAUAACUGAAUCCGGA